AUGGAGGAUUUUGCGAAUCCUAAGAACUACUUGGAGAUGGUCAAAGCUGUCAAAUAUACUUGUGGCUUUGACACUAACAAAUUCUGGAUUCCAUCACUGGCAAAUAAACUUGGGAAUUCCCUGGUUAAAGUCAGCAAACUCUUGAAAGCACAAGGUUUGAUAAAGAACAAUGAAGAGCUGGUAAGGAAUGCCACUCAGUUUCAAGAUGUCUAUCAAAGUGUGGAAACUGAAGAGGAAGAUCUUACCAGAGAGGACGAAAACUGUUCAUUUCCUGAUAAUGAAGAGGGGGCCUUUCCAACCACUGAGGAGGAAGCAAUCCCACCCCCCAAGAGACUGACACAACUUUCAAAAGAAGAGGAGGUAUCCUCAGGUGAUCAUGCAGUGAGACAUUCUUCCAAAGGUAAAGCUGCCCAGAAAAGAAGACCCUGGACACAGAAAGAGGUGAAGGCUGUCGAGAAGCACAUGAAGCGAUUCAUCCCUUCUGGUAUUGUACAAGCAAAGAGUGACUGUUUAAAAUGUUUGAGGGCCGAACCGGAAGCUCUCCAAAACCGGGAAUGGCAAGCAUUGAAGUUCUAUGUGUACAACCGCAUUACGGCCUAUAAAAGGAGAUUGCAGGUAAAAUAG